UCUGUCUAAAGCUGUAGCUGCACAGCUGUUUCUUGUUAGUUCUUAGUUGUAAUUAAUUCUGUAGUUCUUUGUGUUAUGAUUAUAUUGUUAUAUUUAAUUUGCUUCGGGUCAAACUAGAAUUGGUCAUAAAAGGUUUUAUCUUUUAUGUGAUAUAUCUCACUCGAAAAUAAUUUAAAAUUAAGGUGAUAUCCUUGAAACGGUAAAUUAAUCAAGCAAACAUUUACUUAACUUUCAAGGCUGUAGUAAUAAAAGGAGUAAACUGUGACUUAUUAUGACAUAAAUGAAGCCACAAUGGUCGAGGAAAACGAUCAGCAUUACGGCAGGACAUCGAAUAAAAAUGUUUUGUUAAAGAUUGUAAUCCUUGGGGAUGGUGGAGUCGGAAAGUCAUGUUUAAUGAGUAGAUUUAUAUCUAAUCACUUUGACGAUCAUAAUUUCCACACGAUAGGCGUCGAAUUUAUGAAUAAAAUGUUAGAUGUUAGUGGAAAACAAUACACAUUGCAGAUUUGGGAUACAGCUGGCCAAGAAAGAUUUAAAUCUCUUAGAACCCCAUUCUAUCGUGGUACUGAUAUAUGCAUUUUAGCAUAUGCUAUCGAUGACCGAGGUUCUUUUAAUAAUAUAAAAACAUGGUUGAAUGAGUUUUUACACUAUGCUGGAGUAAAAAAUGGAAUUGAAAAGUUUCCUUUUGUUGUUGUUGGCAAUAAGUCAGAUGUAUCUUCAAAAGACCGAGAAGUUUCACAUGAUCAAUUGAAACAAUGGUGUGAGCAAAAUAAAAUUGGCACAUAUAUAGAGACAUCGGCCAAGACUGAUAAUAAUGUUGUUGAAGCAUUUUCUAUGGCUGUACAAAGAUGGGCAAAUCUCGAAGAAAAGGCAGAGAGAGAGCUUCGCAUGUUACAUCAUCCGGAUACUGUUACUUUACAUGGAUCAGCACCAACUGGGGGUCUCCGAGCGACUUGCUGCUCACGUUUUAUGGAAGUAUAGAUUGAUGAGAAUAUUUUUUUAUAUUUAUUAAAACGUGUCUCGUUUUCUACAAGACAUUCCAAAGAGGUAUUAUCUUUUAGUAGAUUAGCACAUAGCACAUGAUACUGAUAGCUCGAGGUGAGCAAAUAUUAGUUGCCUUGACUGUUUUAUGAUUCUAUUUUACCAACACGAAUGUUUAUUGAUUUAAUAAAUAGUAAUUUAUUAAGAAAUAAAGAAGGAGGCGAUGGCGGAUGCUAGGUGUCUACGGGAGUAGAAUGAGGCAGAAGAGAAGAUUGGCAUAAUAUAUUGCUUUUUUAAUGUAUUUAUGUUUAGGUUUUACUAAUUUAUUUGUAGAGCACUUAGUUAAUUACACUAUUAAUUUCAGUUAAUGUUUUAAAAGAAUCUCAAGUAUCACCUCAAUUGUACAGAUUAAAACUUUACUGCAAAGUUUUAUAAAAACUUUCGUUAUUCUUACUAUCGUUUAUGUUUGAACUUAACUGAACUAUUUCUUUUUUCUUCUGAACAUCUGUAAGUAAUAAAAUAAGAAUCACUUGAAGUGUAAAUUUGAAAUUCAAAUCUGAAACUAUUUUGGUUGUGAUUAAUAUUGAAAGUAUUGCACGACUUAGGUUUAUAAAUAAAAGAUAACAUAUCAAUUAACAAAUGGUAUUAAAUAUUAAGAAUUUGCUUGUGGGUUCUUGUAUCGCUUUAACUUGACGUUUAGCUUUUAGUACUAAUUUCAUGCGGAUGAAGUCUCGAACAAAGAUACGGGAUGAGUGUAGAAUUUUGCACAAUUUAAUUUACUUUCCGUACUGAAUAAAUCAAUCUUAGUAAAUGUAAAUGAAUUGAUUCUUCAGGGAGCAUCAUUUUCACCAAGUGCCUAAACCGUACAAAGCAGCUCGAACGAUGGCUCUAAAACUGUAUUUUAAUCUACCUCUUAAGGCCUAAUUAAUUAGAUAUUUAUAUUUUAGCUUCAGGACGUUCUUGUUCUUGUAAAUUUACUUUGCAAGUACCGUUGCUUAAGAUUCUUAAUUCUUUGUUAUGAAAGAGUAAUGUUUGGGUGAAUUUUGGAUAUUCGGCCUUUUUUAUAUUUGGUUUAUUUCGUAUAUUAGUGUUUUUAAAUUAACACCAAUAAUAUAUGUAGGAAGUAGCCACCUAGUUAAUUUAGAAGGAAAGAUAAUCAUAUUUGCUGACUUGUAUAUCUUGGUAAAUAACCUGACACGCGAUCAGAAGUGAUGACCAUCAUCAAACAUAAAUAUGUGUGACUUUUAUAAUAUAUACAUAUAUAUAUAUAUAUAUAUAUACUAUAAAAGUCCUGCUAGAAUUGAAUGAUACGUGUUUGUGACACAAUUAAAUGGAUUUUAAGAUAACAGUGUCAAGAACAUGUGACUAAAACUUUAGAAUUCGUAUUUGAUGAAUAUUUUACAAAAGUUUAUUAGUUUAGUCUAUGUUUUGUAUUCAUUUGCACAAAUGCACUUAUUUUUAGUUGUUAAGCUGUGAUACAUGUUAUGGAGUACAGAAUAAAGUAUUUAAAAAAUGUA